AUGGAUGUACGUCGAUUCACAAUGACAAAUUCCACUGCUAUGUUUUCCAAUGUAGCACAGGAAGCAUGGGGCCAUAAAAUAGAUAGCGAGCUCGAAGAUGAAUUAGACCAUGAUGACGAACAUAAUGCUAGUCAACGAUCAAAACGGCGAAUCAAACGUGAUUUCAAUACUCUGCCCGAAAAGAUCUUAUUGACCAUCUUUUCUUAUUUACCGCAUAUCGAAUUGUUACGAUGUGCACGUGUUUGUCGACUAUGGCAUGCUUUGAGUCAAAAUUCUCGAUUAUGGAAAACAGUUUUCCUUCGUCCAGAGUAUCAUGGUUUACAUGUGAAAAAUCUCGAUUUGUUUCUUCAAUUAAUCGGUCAUCGUUUUUCGGCAUCAUUGCAGUUUAUCGAAUUACCGAUGGAGUUGAUUACAGCGGAUGUUUUGCAUGAGUUAGCAAAUAAAUGUCCGAAUUUGAAAUAUUUAACAUUGGACUUUUCAACUGCCAUGCAAUUACAUGAUUUCUAUGAUUUAAACAUUUUUCCGUGCAAUUUAAAAAUGCUUUGUAUUUGCUUGUCGGAAGUCAUUUUUCUCGAAGGUUUUAUGAGACGAAUUUAUACAUAUUUAUCAUCACUGGAGAUUUUACAAAUUAUUGGAACAAUCGAGAAAUCCAAUGAAGCCGAGGAAGAAGUCUACGAAACGAUUAAUAUCAGUAAAAUAAAAGCACAAACACCCAAUCUUCGUGUUAUUAAUUUCUACGGUAUAUUUUUUAUUGACGACAAUCACAUUGAAAUCAUUGCAUCCGGCUGCAUUCAUCUUGAAUGUCUCGCAUUAAAUUUCUGCACACGUGUCAAAGGUGCCAGUUUCAAAACUUUGUUACAACGCUGUAGAAAACUUCAAUGUUUACUUCUUCAGAAUACCGGAAUUGAAGAUCAUGGGAUGUUAGCAGCAGAUUGGGGAUCAUCGGUUGUAAAUGAACUUGAUAUCUCAUCAACAGAAUUAUCAGAGAAUUGCCUAGUGAAUAUCUUUGAACGAAUGCCAAAUCUGACAUAUUUAGCUGUGCCCAAUUGUGAUGGUUUUACUGAUAAAGUUCUUGCUCUUCUCGUCGACCUUGACAAAUUAACAAAUAUUCGUGCGAUUGAUUUGAGUAACACUGUGAAUCUCAAUCAUGAAGUUGUGUUUACAUUAUUGAAACAGCAUGGACGACAAUUACGCGGGUUAUCCUACGCAGGAAAUUCGAAAGUAACUGAACAGUUUUGGAUAAAUACAAUAAAGCACUUGAAAAAUAUCAAAAUUUUCGUUAUGGGUACUCCACAUGGAUGGUUUAAGAAGAUAAACACACGUAUUCACAUUGACCAAGUGCUCGACGCAUGUGCACAUGAAUGCCAAAAGUUAGAAAGAUUAGAAAUUCAAUGGGAUGAAGAAACAUUAAGAUGGAACGAGAAUAGUUCGAAGUUUAUUGAUCAUAUACGAAUUCGGUGUGUCAGACUACAAUCAUUAGUUUUAGCAGAUGGAGAAUAUUACGAACUUGUUCGGUCGAAUUUUGAACGUGCUGAUCGACAACGUGUAGUACGGACCACCACUAGCGACCAAACUAGUAUUGUUGGUCUACUGAACUAUUAUAAUGAUUUACGUUUUAAUUAA